UUCUUUUGGCCGCAUAGUUAUAGGCUAUGCUAGCCUAACCACCAUCGCCAUUGACAUUUGCAAUUGAAAAUUGCAGUUGUUCGCUUGCAUUAAAAGCAUUCGAUAUCCAACAUGAGAGUUUUGCCUUUUUAUAUUUCGCUAUUUUCUUGCUAUUUUCUUCUGGAUUCAGGGGACAGCACAGCCUGUCCUUCCGGGGUACCAAAUGGCUGUAAAUGCGACAUGAUUCUGGAUGAUCAUAGGGUUAGAUGCAAGAAUAUAGCCACAAUUACUGACGUGUCCUCUUGGCUACCAAAUAAUACGAAUCAACUGGAGCUAGAAAAUUGUGGCAUAACAGUCUUAAAUCGGAACAGUUUUGCGAAUCUGAGCAAUCUCACUCAUGUGGAAAUAUUCAACCAGCAACGACGCCUUUCCAUCAACGACAGCUUCGUAUUUCAGGGCUUAAAACGUUUGUUUAAAGUGAACUUGAAUAAUAAUAACAUUGCCUCACUGCCUGCUGGCUUAUUCGCUAACCUUCCGCGUUUGGAUCGAGUUUUCCUGAACAAUAAUCCGUUGAAUAUAUUGCCUGAUGAUCUCUUUGAAAAUUCAACAAACGUCCAGAAUUUACAGCUUGGGUAUACACGAUUGGAUCGAGAUGUAAUCUACAAGAUCGGGGAAGGACAAUUUGGUAAAAAUUUUCAAAUUCUGCUUAUAACUGGCACGCCCAUUGAACAUUUGAAGGAUGGUUUAUUCAGUGGCUUACCAAAACUGAAGACCUUAGGAAUUUCAAAUUGCGGAAUAAAGUCUAUUGGGGCUGAUAUACUGAACAGAACUGAGAUUACAAGCAUAACCCUGAAUGGGAACCCAAUGAAACUCAUAAAUGAGAAUGCUUUUCGAGGUACUAAAAUAACAAUAUUUGAAUGUGUUGGUUGCCAACUUACAUCGACAGUCACAUUUAAUGGAUUCCUAAAAAAGAUGUCUCUUUACCAAAUCAUCCUAAAAAAUAACAAUCUCACCACCAUUCCAGAGGAUGCAUUAACAUACCAUAGUGAAUUAAUGGUACUUCAGCUUUCAAAUAACCCUUUCAAUUGUGAUUGCAAUCUGGCUUGGCUUCGAUCUUUUUACACUGAGAAGAAACUUGUUGGGGACGGAAUCUGGUGGAAUUGUUCGGAGCCAAAGAGUGUUGCUGGGCGACGUUUUAUGGACAUUAGACUUGAUGAAUUUUGUUGUGGUAAUAGUACAUCAACCAAAGCUUGUGGUGUGCCAGAUCCUAACAAUGGAUGGGCUGUUUCAGUUCAUAUUGCGGUAACCCUCCUGUCCCAGAUUUUGGUAGUGUUUGGCAUUCCUUUACUCUUCGUUUGAUCAUUUUAAAUUUUCUCACCAACAAUUUUCUCACCAACUAACGAUUUUUCUCACCAAUUAUAAAUAUAUAAUGUAACGUUUUGCUAAGGUUGAGCAACAUACAAACUGUUGAGAUUCAUACAAUAGUAUGCUAUAGUAUAUAAACAAUACAUUCCAUGUACUUAUAUACUUACUUAUACUUACUAUAUACUUACUUAUACUACGUAUUCUGUUUGAUAGGUAUAUUCAGUUAUAUUUUUCCCUAUAGAGAUUGUUGCGUUUUGCUCUGUAGAUUGGCUUUGACAGUGCUAUAC